AUGGAACCAAAGGCAUUCGUGAAAGGCGAUACUCUCAGCAACCAAGAGCCAGUUAUCACUGCCGCUUCGUAUGAGCCACCUGACAUGAGCCCGAUUCGUCGCCGCGCCGUUACGUGUGCACUCUGCCUGACUCUUCUGCUCAGCGCGCUAGACAUAACAAUCAUCGCCACGAUGUCGGAUAUCUUUGGUCGGAAACCUACUAUCAUGACUGCAGCGGCUACUUUCAUGGCUGGAAGUUUGAUCGCGGCCCUGGCUGGGAACAUUGAAGUUCUAAUUGCUGGGAGGACUGUUCAGGAGCUUGGGGGAGGUGGUUCGUUGGUUCUGAUCACGAUUGUGAUUGGCGAUAUCUUCAAAUUGGAGGAUCGGGCCAAGUAUUAUGACAUGAACGGCAUUGUAUAUGGAAUCGCAAGUGCGGUUGGUCCGGUCCUUAGUGGUGUUUUUACCCAGACAAUCGGAUGGAGAUGGUGCUUCUUCAUCAACUUACCAUUCGACGGCAUUGCCUUGGUGGUUUUGUUUUUCACCCUUAAGGUUGAAACCCCAAAAGAGCCCUUGGUCGCCGGCCUUCGAGACCUCGACUGGGUCGAUUUUCUUCUCAUCAUAGGCGGCACAAUCUGCUUCCUCUACGGCCUCGAAACAGGCGCCGGUGGCAUCGUACCCUGGAGGUCUGCUCUGGUGAUCUGUCUCAUCCUCUUCGGGGUCUUUAUCCUCGCGCUCUUCGUUGUAUGGGAGGCUCGCUUCGCCAAGAGCCCCGUCAUUCCAUUCCGAAUCUUCCAACAAGUCACCAACAUUGCCUCUUUCACCCUUGCUUGCAUCCACAGUUUCGUCUUCAUAUCGUACGACUACUUCCUGCCGCUCUACUUCCAAGUUGUACUCGGCUUUAAACCGAUUAUUGCCGGAAUCACACUGUUUCCUCUGCUAAUCCCGCUUACGGUCAUGACAAUGCUCGGGGGGCUAUACACCCGGAAGACUGGCGACUGCAUCAUUCCCAUCUUCUUCGGCUCAGCACUCAUGACUCUCGGAAACGAUCUUUUCAUCAACUUUGGCCUCAGCACGCAGUGGGCUAAGAUUGUUGUUUUCCAGAUGAUCCCCGGUUUCGGAGCCCGCGUGCUUUUCCAAAGUCCGAUGAUCUCAAUCCAGACUCACACGAAGCAAAAGGAUAUGGCGGCAGCCAUGUCAGCUUUUAGUUUUCUGAGGUCUCUCUUCUCGUCGAUGUCGAUUGUUAUUAGGACCGUGUUGUUGCAGCAUAAUCUCGGUGGCGGAGAGCUGACUGCGGGGAGGCUUGGUUCUGAAGAAGGGAGUGAUGGGACGCCUGGGGCAAGCCAGUCGAGCUACAUGUCUGCGCUGCGUGUGAUGUGGGCAUUCUUUACUGGCGUUUCCGGAUGUAUGCUUCUGGCUGCGAUUUUCAUCAAGCCGAAGCCAAAAAAAGACAGAUGCGUUACUGCGAAGACGGCUAUGUAG